AUGGACCACAGCAGCAUGGACAUGGACAUGGACAUGGGCGGCACCGACCCCUCGUCGUCAUCCCACAACAUGCAAAUGAUGUCCAUCUUCCAGACCAGCAUGAGCACGUCGCUCUACUCGGCGUCCUGGACGCCCACCACGACGGCAGGGUACGCGGGGACGUGCAUCUUCCUGAUCCUCCUGGCGCUGGGCUUCCGGCUGCUGCUCUGGGGCAAGACGGCCGCCGAGGCGCGCUGGCUCGACGCCGAGAUCCGCCGGCGGUACGUCGUCGUGCAGGGGAAGCCCCGGCUCGCGGAGCGGGUGAGCCGCGACGGCGACGCCAAGAGGGCCACGCUGGUGCUCUCGGAGAACGGGGUCGAGGAGGACGUCGUCGUGCUGCAGAAGAACAUCAUCAGCGCCGUCACCACCACCACCACCGCCGCCGCCGACGAUGACAACAACAACAACGGCGCUGAUGCCACGGGAGGAAGAAGCAGAAGCGUGCUCGGCGGACAACAUGCGCGGCCGUGGAGGAUGUCUGUCGACCCGCUGCGGGCGCUCUUCGACACAGUCAUUGUCGGCGUCGGAUAUCUCCUCAUGUUGGCAGUCAUGACCAUGAACGUCGGCUACUUCCUCUCCAUCCUCGCGGGCACGUUUCUGGGAAGUCUGCUCGUCGGGCGCUUCACGGGUCUCGUCGAGCACUAG